AACUCAAUGUGGAUAGUGGAAUUAUUAAUUCUUCAGCAUUAUUAGUGCCAAGAAAAGUAACAUUUUUAGUGAUUUGAUCUAGUCAAUGCACUAAUCACCAAAAUCAUUAUAUUCCAACUGAAGCAAUAACCAGUUCCAGUCUGAAACAUCCAAGAAACCAUCCAUCUAUUCCCUUCUUUUCCAAGAACCCUUUUUCACAUCAAUAAAAGAUAUCAAGCUGUGCAAUGGUUUACAUUUCCUCAUCAUCUGUAAAAAUGUCGACAACAGGUCUCUGGUUUUCAGUUCUAACAACCUUGAUUCUACUCCUAUGUUGUACCAAAAACUGCAGAGCCCAAAACAACUCGGCCUGCAUCCCUUCUUCAUGCGGGGACAUCCAGAUCAGAUACCCUUUCAGGUUGCCAGACGAUCCCACAAACUGUGGCCAUCAGGACCCCGUUUUCGUGCUUGAAUGCCAGCAAAACCGGACCUUGCUGAGAUUAAGCUCAAGAAGGUACCAUGUUCAGGCAAUCACUUACAACAACUUUUCGAUACGUGCAUCUGAUCCAGGUCUCGACAGCAAAAACUACUCAUCCUGUCCGGUUUAUUCUUCCAUUGAUUACGACAUUUACUUAGGAUACAUGUCUCCUGGUUACACUAACACCACUUUCUUAACUUUUCUCAACUGCCUGGGCCCUGUGAACAAUCCAUUAUAUGUCGAGAGCCCUUUUUGUGGCAACAAAAGUGCUUUUUCCAACACAUCCCGUGUUCAUAGCUAUGUUACAGCAAGAAGCAUAUCAGCAUCCGAUUUGGAGGAUACUUGCACGUUCGACAUGCCAGCUAUGACCUCAUUACCAGCAUCAUCUUCAACAGACGGUAACGUUUCGUAUUCGCAGAUUCAUGAUAUGUUAGCCUAUGGAGUUGAGUUUUCAUGGUACCGAGCCAUGUGCACAUCAUGUGAAGAAAGCAAGAGGACAUGUUUUCUCGAGGACAACAGAAUACAAUGUCGCCGCGUUUGCUAUGAAAGCACCCCUCUGUCUGAGCGUGAUUUUGGCUGCAAAUUGGAGUACUAUGCCCCUUAUUUGCUACUUGUUGCCGUGGUAAUUGGAGGACUGAUAGGACUAAGGUUCGUGUUCGGGAUCCCAUUCAUAGUUGGAUUUCUGGUGUAUAAAUGCAAAACAAGGCGCUCAUCACUGAACAAGAGUGAAACCAUCAAAGAAAUUCUGAAACAACAGAUACAUCCCGUGCCCAUAAACUACAGUUACAGUGAGAUCAAGAAGAUGACAAGAAACUUCAAAACUAAAAUAGGCCAAGGAGCUCAUGGAACCGUUUACAAAGGCAACCUCCGUAGCGGUCCUCCUGCUGCAGUAAAAAUGCUAGAGAGUUCCUCAGCCAGUGACAAAGAAUUCAUCACUUACAUAUCGAAAAUCUCAAAAACAAGCCAUGAAAACGUCGUGAGACUCAUUGGCUUCUGCAUCGAGGGCAAGAAACGAGCUCUAGUCCACGAGUUCAUGCAACAUGGCUCUCCUGAAAAACACAUUUUCUUGCAGAAAACAAGUCCUUCUUUGAGCUAUAAGCACAUGUUCAAGAUUUCUCUCGGAACAGCACGUGGGAUCGAAGCAUUACAUGAUAACAACAUCUUACAUCUUCGGAUCAAGCCCGAGAACGUUCUACUUGAUCAAGAUCACAACCCCAAGAUCUCCGAUUCCGGGCUCCAAAACCUUUACACAUCAAAUGAUCACGAAGCCGUAUCCCUGAAAACAGGCAAAUACAAAACAGGAUUCCUACCUCCUGAAAUGUUCUACAAGAACAUUGGAGAAGUCUCCUACAAAGCUGAUGUAUACAGCUACGGAAUGCUGGUGCUGGAAAUGGUGGCAAGAAUACAAGCCCUGAAUCCAUACGCUGAAAAAUCAGGGAAAAUGUACUUCCCCUGGUGGAUUUA